AUGGGCGUCUUCGUAGCCGUGUGCCAUGCCCUGGAGAACACAACGGCGGCCCUGAGCGGUCCCCCGGUGGCAGCAGCCGUGCGAUCCCAUUUUAAUGACUGCCCGGACUCUCACAGCCAGUUCUGCUUCCACGGCACCUGCAGGUUUUUGAUUCAGGAGGACAAGCCAGCAUGCAUAUGCCACUCCGGCUACGUGGGGACGCGCUGCGAGCACGCCGACCUCCUCGCCGUGGUGGCCGCCAACCAGAAGAAGCAGACCAUAACGGCCUUGGUGGUGGUGUCGGUGGUGGCCUCGGCCGUGCUCAUUGCGGUGUGUGUGCUCAUACACUGCUGUCGGGUCCGAAAGCCGUGUGAGUGGUGCCGCACGGCCGUGUGCCGGCACGAGAAGCCCGGCGGCCUCCUGAAAGGCGGCGCGUCCUGCUGUCACGCCGAGACAGUGGUCUGA